AUGAUCAAGAGCAGUCUUUAUGAUUCAAUUGAUUUGGCGUCAACACUGAGUGGUAAAAGUAUCCAGACUUUGAAUAAAGAUGGCAAUGAACAACCGAUGCAGUCAAAUGAAACUGUGACUAAAAUGGAGGAUAUAGAUGAAGAUGCCGAUGAUUAUAACCCCGAAGAGUUUAUUUCGAGCAAUGAAGGUAUAGUCAAAUCUAAAUUGACCAGCUCUUCUCAAAAUGCGAUCGAAAAACUGAUUUCUGGAUCAUUUGAUAAUGAAUUCUUGGAAGCGGAUUCCAUCACAAGUUUUGAAGGUCAAUUGCCACCGUCAGACGUUUUGAACAUGUUAGCAAGCUUGGAAUGGACACGCGCUAACACGGAUCUGAUAGAGCAUCUUUCUAGAAAAAUUGCUUUUUUAAAAGAUAACAUAAGGAAAACUGUCAGUUUGCAUGGCGAAUACUUGAGCUCUGGACGUGGUGAUGUUCCUCUGUUGAGGGAAUCUGCUCGUAAAUAUUUAUUGGAGGUCUCUCAAUGUUUCUUAUCACUUAACGAGAUUUAUGAAAAACAGCAUUCCGAUGUCAUCAAUAGUGAAUCUACAUUCAAGUGUUGGAGCAUGGCUAGAGAAAAACUCUUGAACAAAAUCAACAGAACCCUGAGCGAUAAAACCAAGCAAGGUGCUAAGCUAGCUUCUUUGGUGAACGAAUCUAACAAGAUUGACAAUGAGAUAGAAGAUCUAGAAUUAAGGAUUGCAAGACUAAAAGAGAAAAAAGCCAUCAUAUCGAAGGAGAUAGACUAUACACUGAGCGUUAUUCAAAGUCGAACAUCAGUGCUUGUUGAUCAGCUCCAGGAUAUUGAGGGCAAAGGUAAGCGUGCACUUUUCGAUUAUCUAGCAAGCAUGGGGUAUACAAAGGAAGGUAUAAUACAUUUAAUGAAUACAAAAGUGGUACCGAUUGAGUUUGGAUUACAGAAAUUUAGAAAAAUUGAUGUAAAAUCAACAAUGUCACAGGAAAGUACUUCUCAAGGUAAUAUGUUAGUACCACGUAACCCAAAUAAUUUAGAGGAUGCAAACAAAACAGAGACAGGUUCCGAUCUAGAUUUAGCGACAAAGCAAAACAGAGCCCAAUCUUCCCAUUAUGAUAUUGCUUCCAAAGACGCAUACGAACGUGGUUAUGCUAAAGGAGUUAAUAGCUCAUCUGCUAUCAAGACCCAAUUACAAAAGCUUAUCAGCCACAGAAAUACGACACCCUCUACCCUACCGGCUAGCAUGCAAACUUCUAUACAUGUAGAAGAUGGAAUGACAAUUGAACAGACGGAUUUGAACCGAGUUUUGGAGUUCCUACAUCGACAAGCGCAAGCUCUUGACUCGCAAAUUUUGGAAUCUUCUCGCGCAGCUGCAGCUUUCCAUGAAAAUGCACUCGCAUGGGAGGAGCUCCUGCGUCAUAUUUUACGACUGGAAGAAGACUUGGAGAAACUGAUUGCAUUACCAUACGAAAACGAAACCAGUAAGACAUAUACCACUUCUCUUACGAGAAAAAUUCAAGGGAGUUUGAAAAGGACGCUUGAAACCUUGACAACCCGACAGAGAGAUCUCGCAAAUCCAGAUAUUCUACCGUUGCAUCUGCAACAACAACAACAACAACAACAAAGACAGCUCCAUGAUUAUCGUUUUGCAAAAAUGGUUGUGAACGAUCUACUAGAAAACGAAGUUCAAGCAGUGAGGAAAGCGUUACAAUUAAUCCACAAAAAUGUAGAAAACAACAAUGAUGCGAAAGAUGCGAAAGAUGCGAAAAAUAUCAAUAACAACUUUGAAGCAUAA